UCCCGUAACCAGUCCCCCGGUCCCCGCGAUGUCCCAGCCGCGGCCGGACAGGUCCUCAGACCAUAUCCUGGCCCAGCUACGCGAUGAGGGUGUGUUGUUACCCGGCCAGGUACCCACAGAGAACCCCGGUACUCCUCCGCGCCACCAGGAUAGGCAGAAGGAAAUGGAGAGGCGACUAGAGGAGCGACGUGAGAAGGUGAAGAAAAGCUGCCCUGAGUCCCGUGGUGAUCUGAAGAAGCAGCUUAGUGACGCGGAAGUUAGGAGACAGGAGCUGUUGGCGAAGAGGACAGCCAUGAUUUCAAAGAAGUUUGCCGAGAAAGCAGCUGGUAUCAAGACCAAGAAGGAGGCGAGAGAGAUGACCAGCACCGCGUUUGAGAUCACUCCAACCUAUGACGCGGAUGCCAUCGCUACACGAGCAUCCCAGAGCACCAAACAGCUUGAGAAGCGCCUGGAGGCGAACCUCGCCGCUGAACGCCGCCAGGACCACAAGGUGGCUACAGUCUGUAAGGCCAAGAUGCUCGUCAAGCGAGUCCGCUUCAACAUCCCAGACGACCCAGGCAGUGAUGGUCACUAAAUCAUGAUGGCGCCUUAGUGUCGGACCAGAGAAGACCAAGGGACCCAACAUCUUUUUUUCCAGGAGAUGUUGAUAUUACGCCAGUAUAUGAUAACUACAGACCGUUGUGAUUCAGAGCAGUGCGCAAACCGUUCUUGUUCUUCUUUGAGACCUUAUUAAAAAAACAA